AUGGAGGGACUCCUGUGUAUGAUCAUACUUGUGGGCUGUUUAGGUUUAAGCCGCCAGGAUGAGACCGUGUAUUUGCGCGAGGUCGACUCUGCGGGUUCCAUGGGGGCUAGACAGUCGGGUCCUGACCGCCGCCACUUUCCGGCCAGUCUCCAGCUGGCGUUCUACAAGCGCGGACGGACGGACCCGGUGAUGCUCACGCUGGAGGAGAACAGACGCUUGAAUGCGAACGCCCCUGUGUACACGACGGUGACCAAGAACGGGAGACAAAUGGUGGAACGUGUAGCCAGCGGACCUUUAACGGAUGUCCGGUUUUACCAGGACAUGCGCCACGGUGGAUCGUUCAUGUACCGGAAACGAUGUGUCGGAUCAGCGUGCCCACUUCAUGUUGAGGGUAACUUUUACAUUGACGGUACAAAUUACGACAUCUCCCCCGUGGUCCGGGGCGGGCGCUUAUCCACGCGCAUGAGUGGUCGUCACGGAACACCGCACGUGCUGAGGGAGGCGCUUGUGGCUGAAGACCGGAAGUACACGGAAGCGGACAGAAAGUUCGUGGAUGAUACUAUGAUCCCACCGCAAGGGUUGGAAAAGAACUUCGUUGAUACGAUUAUACCGCCACUAGGGGAACGAAGGACUUUCGUCGACGAUACAAGGAUACCGCCAUCAGGGUCUGGAAGGGCUUUCGUCGACGAUACAAGGAUACCGCCAACAGGGUCAGGAAAUAUCUUGAUUGAUGAUACGAGGAUACCACCGGAAGCCGCAAAUAACACAUUUGAAGAUCUGUUUCGCAGAAAAUAUGGAAUUCAAGUCAGAAACAAGAGGCAAGCCAACGGUGACGCCCUCGCUGUUGAAUUGCUGGUGGUUUUGGACGAAUACAUCUGGAGCAAAUAUGCGGUAUUCGACAACAACAACGAAGAUCUCACGCUCAAACGACUUCGGGAACGCUUCGCUCACGUCGUUAACGGGAUUUCGUUGCAAUACCAGUCGAUUAUGAACUUCGAUCCCAGCUUAAACAUUUAUGUGACCAUUUCUGGGUUCCACAUUUCUAAGCCUGGUAGUUCUAGCAGUCCAAUGCCAUCGAAUGCGCGGAUUAUAGAAAAGGACGGGCGAAGAUUUAUAGACGCUGAUAAAUACCUAAACAACUUGAAGCCAUGGGCCGCAGGACUCUCGAACCUCCCAGACGUUGACCACAUUAUGGCUUUCACAGGGUUGGAUUUAUAUAGUGGUUCCCUUCCGGAAGGCGCCGGAGUAGUGGGUAUGGCUUGGAUGCGUAAAGCGUGUACAUCGGAGAAAAAUUCCAUCAACGAAGACAUGGGAUUUAUACAGACCACUUCCACAGCCGCCCACGAACUAGGACAUAACUUGGGAGCGCCACAUGACGGGGAUGAAACAAGUACGAGAUGUUCUGGUGAGGCUAUGUUUCUGAUGGCGCCUUACGUUGCAAACUUCCAACCAGAAGAAUCGUACAGCCCCAACCCCUGGACCUUUUCCACGUGCUCGGUGGCGGCGUUUAAGGAUUAUUUGAACGGUCUAGGAAACUCAAACUGCCUCAGAGACCACGGGGACUACUUUGAUAAGGAAGAGUGGGACGAACACCAGAAGUCACUUCCGGGAGAGAUUUACUCCCUGGACCAGCAGUGUUCACUGAUCUUGGGGAAUGGGCACAAGAACUGUCGGCCACAGUCUGGCAAUGUUAACAUCUGUCUCCACAUGCACUGCAUUGGGCCAAACGGAGGAAGUUGCAGUGGCUACCACGCAGCGGCUCGCGGAUCUCCCUGUGGUCAAAACAAGUGGUGUAUCAAUGGUAAAUGUGAGGACAAAACUGGUAACGGCGGUGGUAAUGGCGGUGGAAAUGGCGAUAAUGGAGGUGGAAGUGGCGGUGGAAAUGGUGGUGGUAAUGGCGGUGGAAACGGCGACAAUGGCGGUGGAAACGGCGACAAUGGCGGUGGAAACGGCGACAAUGGCGGUGGAAACGGCGGUGGUGGAAACGGCGGAAGCGGGGGUGGUGGAAACGGCGGUGAUGGCUCGUGUAAGGACGAAUUUUAUUGUGAUGAAGUUGUUCAAUAUGUUUACGCCGGAAAUCGAUACGCGAUGUGUACAGACGACUGGGACUGGGACUCUGACUGCUGUAAAACGUGCGCUAACGUCACCGAGGAAGACAAGAAAUUCGACUGUGAGGAUUUCGAUACCACCACCUGUACCAUUUGGAAGAACUGGGGAUACUGUGACAAUGAAUGGUGCUGCAAAACGUGCACCAACUAGAUUCUCAUGACUUUGUUUAUGACGUCAUCAAUGAAAAUCCGGAAGUGACGUAGGAGUAAUUUGACACAUCGAUUUACCAGCUGUGACCGUGAUUGGUAGUGCAAAUAGUGUUUAUGCCUUUUAAUGACGUCAUCAAUGACAUACCGGAAAUGACGAAAGAGCAAUUAACAUCUCGGACUAGAUUCACAGUGGGCGUGGGGCCACUAAUAAAAGGCGAAACUUAGACCUUUAAGAACAUCGGCCUUACAU